GUCAUUUAUUCUCAUGCUAUAAAAUCUCAUUGUUAUCAUUUACGUUAACAUUAAAAUAGGAAGAUUGAUAAAAUAAAUUAUUGUGUUUUCCAUAUAACUGGUGUCAUUCCGAUACUGCUACUCGAAUAAAAAAUGGUUUUCGAUGAAAAUGGUUGCGCUUCGUCUAUUCUGGCAAGCGUAUUUUUAACAAUUUUAUAUGUUGCUAGUUUAUAUGUAUGGAGGUCGAAGUUAAGCAGGGACCAUCCCACUACUAUCAAAAGACGAUUCUUCAGUGUCUCCUGCGUGAUGGUCCUUGCGCCUAUUGUGACAUGGCUGUUCCUCAAAGAGUCAACAUUAAAUAAAGGCGACAUGUACGAACAAUUAGGACUGCGUUUGUCUGGACUUCUCUUUGCUUUUGUUACCCCUCUGGCUCUCACUAUGAUUUUGUUCCUGGGCCCAUUGACUAUGCAAUUCUUAUCUGGUGCUUGGAAGAUAUAUAUACAUCCGAUCUAUUGGUUUGCGAGCUGGCAAGACCUGACCUGGGUGAGGAACCAUAUAAUGGCACCAAUCAGUGAGGAGUGGGUGUUUCGGGCCUGCAUGAUGCCCUUGCUGCUGCAGUGUCUUGAGCCAUACACCGCUGUGUUUGUUGGACCUUUGCUAUUUGGAAUUGCUCAUUUCCACCACAUGUUUGAACAAAUUAAACUUGGACUUGAUCUUCGCUCAUCAAUUAUGAUCUCAGCUUUCCAGUUCAUGUAUACUUCACUCUUUGGUGCAUACUCGGCCUACCUAUUCCUUCGAACUGGUCAUUUCGUCGCGCCUCUCGCUGCUCAUAUAUUCUGCAACCACAUGGGUUUCCCCAACUUUGGAGAUAUCCCCUACUACCCUCUCACUCAGCGUCUCCUCAUCAUCAGCAACAUGGUGUUAGGCUUCACUAUCUGGUGCAAUCUUCUCACACCAUUAACCGAGCCUGCAUACUAUGACAACAAAUUGUAUUGGCCCUCACGAUUCCAAUUCCCUAAUGAUAUCUCAUUAUUCUAAUUUAGUAGUGUUAUAUGUCUAUUAUGAUGGAGGAUUCUCUCAUAUUAUUCAUUGAUGUUGUGAAUUCAAUGUGUCCAAGCUAUAACAUGUAAGGUUGAAUUAAAUAUAACAUGACUGCAGUAACAGUUUUAGGUCUACUAGUGGCCUGGGUGAGAUUUCUACAGCGGUUAGCAAGGAAUAUGUGUAAUUCUCAGAAUAGACUCUAAGUAGGACUGGUUAUGCUAACAUAAACAAUAUUAAUAUUCAAUAAAUACUUUUUGUUGUGAAACAUCUAUAGGCUCACUUGU